AUGGAAGCUUCGCAAGAAGCCACAAUUCCCACUGUUUCAAGCACAAAACAACUCUUCCUUCCAAAAGAAACAUUUGAUCAUCCAUUUGACGUUACUCUGGCGAUCCAAGAUGGGAAGGAAUUCAAAGCUCAUCGACGGGUUCUUUCAGAAGCAAGUCCUUUCUUUGAAAGGCUGCUUAAAAGUGACAUGAAAGAGUCUAUCGAAGGAGUGAUCCACUUAGAAAUGAUAGACGAGCAAUGUUUAAGGGAUAUAUUGGAAUGGAUCUACACAGGCCAUGUUCAGAUUUCGGCUGCAGAAGAAAAUUAUGCUGGAGACUUGAUCGCCAUGUCAGACUACUUGGCUUUACCACAUCUGAAGGCUGUUGCUGGGAAACAUUUAGUGAAGGACUUAAAGAUAUCAAAUUCUGUUUCAUUUUACCAGUUUGGCUUGAAAUAUCAA